AUGUUAUGCAUAGAACAGAGCAAAGGCCAUGAGUAUCUUGUUGGCGGUGUGGAUAUCGGACCACAUAAUCUCCAUAAUUUCGCGGAAGUCACUUUAAUUCUGGCGUGGAGAAGACGAAGUUCUGGUGCCAAGAACAACGCAGAGUGGCUUGCCAGACAAGAGGACUUCGCCCACAUUACAUUACCAAGAAUCCAGCACGUUACCCACGGCACUAUGCAGAGAAUGCAAAGACUCGACGAAGGCUUUGAUAUGGAGUUUCAGGAUGUGCCUCGUACUCCGAACCCUUUUUACGACCAACUUGACAGUCUUAACACCUGA